ACAUUCCAUGAACCAAUCCACUCUAUGUCAAUCCAAUCCGUGUAAAGAAAGAUGGCGAACAGCGCGAACAAGCCGUCGGUUCAAGUUCGCUUCAUAUCCGACGACGAUGUAUUGGAACAUAUUUAUUCAUUGUCUGAUAUCAGAGAAAACAAGAAGAAGGGCGGUCGACGAAAGCUGUCGUCUAAGAAAUCAACGAAAGAUGAACAAAGAGACGAUGAAGGAACGCGGGAGGAGGUGCCGGUACCCGUAGGCUUGCAUGUUAAGGACGGUAGUACAACAGGAAGACAGAUGUUCAGCCUGGACAGGACGCCGUCCUCGAAGCAGGGUUCCAAGACUACAACGGACAAGAUGAAGACACCGACGUCUUCGUGCUCGGAGAAGAAGGAUACACCUUACAAGCUCCGUCGGAAGAUCAAACAAAAGCUCUCCAAGAUGAAGGCUGACCAAGUGUCUUCCGCCGAAUCGGAUUCGGAAAGGAGCAGCGAGGACGAAGCUGAUAAAGAAGAUACGGAAGCAGACUUGAAGAACUAUUUCUCUCUCGUCAGUAAGGCCCGGUCAAAAACGUCUAACCACAUGCUGUCCAAGCUUGGCAGGCCCAUGCCCAGCAUGGAAGAGAUAAACCAGAUCCUAUCCCAGGCCACUGAUCCCAACAUCGGGCAGCGCAACAACCUUCUUCAAGAACACCGGCGAAACUUUUCCAAGUGGAUGGCUUUACUCAAGGAGGGUUUCAACCUUCUGCUGUACGGUGUUGGCUCCAAAAUAAAACUGAUGCAAAAUUUCAAAGAGGACUAUCUCUCCAACCAUGCGUGCGUCACCAUCAACGGAUUCAACCCCGGCAUCACAACCCAAGAGGUUGUGACCACAAUCUUGCGACAGGUUAUGAGAGAGGAGACCCUCAUCCCUGGUCUCACAAACCAGGUGGAACGAAUUAGGGAGCAUUACUCGCAGAAAGACACGGAUGAGCUGUUCCUUCUCGUGAACAACAUUGAUGGCUCUGGCCUGAGGCACUCGAAGGCACAAGGGUUGUUCACACAACUGGCACGCUCCCCUCGGAUCCAUAUAAUCGCCUCUGUGGACCACAUCAACGCAUCCUUAUUAUGGGACCAGGAGCAGAUGAAGACUCUUUCAUUUGUCUGGAUCAAUGCCACUACCUUCGAGCCCUACGUGCUGGAAUCCAGUCUUGAGCCCCUGAAGAACGACGCUUCGACGACGCUCGGCUCGCUGCAGCACGUCUUCUGCAGUCUAACCCCAAAUGCGAAAAAGAUCUUCCUGCUCAUUGCACGCUACCAAAUUGACCAUAAAGAUUCUCCUGGUUAUAUUGGUUUGUCUUUCCAAGAGUGCUACAAACGUUGCCGUGAGGCUUUCUUAGUGAACAGCGACCUGACGCUACGAACUCAGCUCACAGAGUUCUUGGAUCACAUGUUGCUGAAGAUUAAAAAGGGUCACGAUGGAACGGACAACUUAAUUAUCCCGCUGGAUGACGGCACUCUGGCUCUCUUCGUUCAGAAGCAAGAAGACGGUUGAAUAUCCUUCCUUGGUUCUUUUCUUAUUUGUUUGUAUUUGUUUUUAAUUAUUUUAUGAGAAAAGCAUUUUCUAACUUCUUUACCCUUUACGGUAUUUUUGUAAAUAUACAAUUGUUAAAGAGAUCGCGUGCAUGACAAUAAUGAUUGAGUCAACCUCGAUCCCUCGUUAUGUAUGCCUUCAACAAAAAUGUGAAACUACAUUAAACUUCAAGAAUAAUGCUA